CCGACGUAGUCUGGACGGCCCAACGUGAACGCACGCACAAAGCCCCCGAAGCUUCGGCGAGAACGAUGGACGGCUGCGGCGGCGAUGGCCGCUGGCCUCGCGCCGUCUUUAUGGCCUUCGGCACCCACGGCGACGUCUUCCCAAUCGCUGCCCUUGCUGCAGCGUUUGCUAAUGACCAACAGCAGUAUACUGUGGUGUUCAUCACUCAUUCAGCACACCAGAGUUUAUCCACACAUCUAGCAGCCAGUAAAGUUAGGUACAUGUCUCUAGCAAGCCCACCUGCCCUUGCUGCCGAACAACUUGAUAAUACUUCAUAUGAUUCUGUUCAAUCGGAUGCUGAUCCUGAGUCAUUUUCACGGCGGAAAGAGAUCAUUCAGACGGAGCACAGGAAAGACUGUUUAGCUUCUGUCGAAGAAGUGUUUGGAAAUGAUCCAAGCAUUCAUAGUGACUUCAUUGUGAUCAAUUUCUUUGCUCUGGAAGGUUGGCAUCUUGCAGAAUUGUUUCAAGUUAAGUGCAUCAUUGCUGCUCCUUAUUUUGUUCCAUAUAGUGCUCCUUCAUCAUUUGAACGCCAAUUUAAGCAAAGUUUUCCUCUUCUGUACAAGUACUUUCAAGAAGCACCCCCCAACACAGUCUGCUGGACUGACAUUACCCAUUGGAUGUGGGCGCUUUUCAUGGAAAGUUGGGGAUUGUGGAGAAAUGGUUGCCUAAAUCUUAGUCCUAUCCCUUAUACAGAUCCAGUAACAAAUCUUCCUUUGUGGCAUGCACGUUCAGAGUCGCCAUUGUUGCUGUAUGGUUUCAGCAAGGAAAUUGUUGAGCGCCCAGGAUAUUGGCCCUUAAGUGCUCAUGUUUGUGGCUUUUGGUUUCUUCCUAUGGCUUGGCAGUUUUCUUGUGAUAAAUGCAGGGAGUUAUUCUCUGGAGAUUUCAAUUCUCCAUUUGAGGGUAUUCUAUGUGCAAAUCAUGCUGGCCUGGAAGACUUCCUCAUGGGAAGUUAUUCGUCUUUACCUAUAUUUAUAGGCUUAAGUUCCAUUGGCAGCAUGGGGUUUCUUAGAAAUCCUAAAGCAUUUCUAAUGGUGAUUAAAGCUGUCAUAGAGUCAACAGAUUACAGAUUUAUCCUUUUCUCGUCUGGAUACCAGCCAUUGGAUUCAGCCAUCAGAUCUGUUGCUUCUUUAGUUGUAGAAUCAAGUGUAGAGGCACCUGCUCUUAGUAGUGACAGCACUCUCCUUUUCAAUAAUCGACUCUUUUGCUUCUCUGGAUCAAUUCCGUAUAGCUGGCUUUUCCCUAAAUGUGCAGCUGCUAUUCAUCAUGCUGGCAGCGGAUCUACAGCCGCUGCACUAUUUGCUGGAACCCCUCAGGUAGCAUGCCCUUUCCUACUGGACCAGUUUUACUGGGCAGAGAGACUACACUGGUUAGGGGUGGCGCCUGAGCCCCUCAAAAGACAGCAUCUGAUCCCAGAUAUAGAUGAUGUCACGGGCGUUAACAAAGCCGCAGAUGUGCUACUUGGAGCUAUCAGAUCAGCAUUAUCACCGGAAAUUAAAGCUCAAGCAACUGUAAUUGCUCAGAGACUUGCUUCCGAGGACCCAAGCUCUACAGGUGAUGAUCAAGCUGUUUCGAACGUAGAAGUUGGCGGGAAGCAUCCGAGACCGUCCAUCAAGGAUCCAACGCGGGACAAGCCAUUGUACCGUUUCGCUUUAAGUGGAGACUCGGCAGCCGUGGAUCCUUGAUCGUGCGGUGAUAGUACCCCCGAGCGUCCCUGUCGCUCUUCCGACACGAUCACCUUUUCUUUUUCUUCUUUCUCUAGCUUUCCCAUCCCUCUCCUCUUUGUAAGGCUAUAAAAGCCAUGAUCCUAGCUCGAGAAGACUGUCUUAUCUUUUCUAGGGUUUCCCCCUACUGCGUCGCCAGUGUUCCUGGCCGGACUUUGUAACAUAACCUCGGCCUUAGGCCAUAAUUUAGUGAGUAAAGUGGCUAGCUCGAGCAUAAA